AUGCUAAUGAUAGUGAUAGCCUUUCCUUCUCCCCUGCCUACGAAGCUGCAGCCCUGCCUACGAGCUGCAGCCCCUGCCUACGAGCUGCAGCCCCCCUCCCCUGCCUACGUAGCUGCAGCCCACUCCCCUGCCUACGUAGCUGCAUCCCUGUCCCAGCAGACUGUCCCUGUCCCAGCAGACUGGCCCAGUAGACUGGCCCUGUCCCAGCAGACUGGCCCUGUCCCAGCAGACUGGCCCUGUCCCAUGGAGGCUGGCCUGGAGAGCCCAGCGGAUGAAGAGGGGGUCCAUGACUCCUUUAACCAGCUGAUAGAGGAUCAGAGACAGGAAGCCUUGGAGCUGCAGGAACUACAGAGAGACCUGGACGAGGAGGAACGAGACAGUGUAGCGUACCUGUCCAGCCCUGGUCAGGAGAUAUGGCGUGGGAGCGCGGGGAGGGGUGAGGAGGAAGGGGGGGGACAGUUAGACCCCCUUCUAGAGGAACGCUGGUCCUCCGCCACCCUCAAAGUCCUCUCCUCCAUGCCCAGCCGCACCAUCGGUCGUAGUCGAGGUGCUAUCAUCUCUCAGUACUAUAACAGGACCAUGAAGUUGAGAAGACGCAGACAGAGCAGGCCUUCCAUAAAGGACUUUUCCCGCUCCGCACGGCCCAGUAUCCGUGGUUACGGCAUGGAGACAGACUGCAUGGAGACCGAGGGCGUGGAAGAGGAGGGGCGUAAGCGUGACCAACUGGUCAACAACCUUCAGAACCUCUCUCUGAGUGACCGGGUCAGGAUGCUGCGAGCCAUGCCUCUCUCUGUGGCAGAGAAGAGUGAACUAAGGAGGUUGGCUGACAGGAAGGGUCAACGCUCCAAUCACAGUCAGAUCCCCUGUUGCAGCCAGAUCAAAUAUCACAUCAUCAUCGCUCUGAGACAUAGCUGGUCCAGUUGUCUCUCCUUCCUCCACUCCCUACAGCUGUGGCAGGUGGCGCUGAAGAGGGUGAGCGGUCGUUUCGGCACCGACGUCCUCUCUUACUUCCUGUUCGUCAAGACCCUCCUCUUCUUCAACAUCUUCCUGUUCCUGGUCACGGGUUUGUUGCUGGCCGUGCCCCAGGCAGUACACCCCCCCACAUUAACCCAGGGACACGAAGCCUUCUCUGGGCUGGAGCUGCUCACUGGAGGGGGUUAUUUCUCAGACUCAGUGAUGUACUAUGGUUACUAUAGUAACUCUACCCUGUCUAAGGACUGUAGAGUCACUAGUAGCAGUAUGGAGCAGCAGCCCAGUCCCUCUGUAUCUAGAAGGACAAUGGAAACAGACUGUGGAGUGAAGCCGUCCUACAACAUGCCCCUGGCAUACUUCUUCACCAUAGGACUGGCUUUCUUCAUCACCUGCAUCAUCCUCGUCUACAGCAUGUCCAAGUCGUUCGGUCAGAGUUUCCGUAUAGACAAGUCACAUGGUAUCCUGGCGAUGAAGGUGUUCUGUUCCUGGGACUUUAAAGUCAUCAAGAAAACCUCCGUCAAACUCCGGUCUGAAAACAUCUGCAUUCAACUCAGGGAGUUGUUAGAGGAGACGAGUCGUAAGCAUGUCCAGAAGACUGCUGUCAGAGAGUUGUUAGGACGUGUGCUGGUACAUGUUCUGGCCUGGUUCAUCUGUAUCGGCAGUACAGUGGCCUGUGUUCUAGCUCUCUACUACUUCUCUGAGUACAUGCACAAGUUAAGAGACACGUUUUCAGCUGCUGAGUCUGUUAGAGGCCCUGACAGUCGUAAGUGUCUCUCAUCAACCUCCUGCUCCUCUGGCAUCUUCAACGUCUCUGCCUGGAUGGAGUUGUUAGUAGGAGACGCCCAGCGUAAACACAUACAUUGCCAUCAGCAGAGGGUGUUGAAGAGGAAAACAAAGCCUGUGUUUGACAUCUCCAGGAAGGUGUUGGAACUCAUCUACACAGACUCUGGCCUGUCUGUGCAGAUCAUCAAACUACUGCUUCUCUUCUACAUGAAGCAGACUAGUGUGAUGAUGAACUGCCAGUCCCCUAGGAAGCCCUAUAGGGCCAGUCAGAUGAGCACCAUCUUCAUCACUCUCCUCUGCUGCCCUUCCUUCCUGGGGGCUGCUGUUUGUGUCAGCUACACCAUGUGGAGUAUCCGUCCGUCUGAGUCAUGCGGUCCGUUCCGCAGCCUGUCCACUAUGUUCCAGUCAGGGAAGCUGUGGGUGAAGGAGCUGGAGACACACAACCCUAACCUGGCCUGGUUAGCCUGGGCUCACAGCUACAUAGUGGAGAACCCUCUGUUUCUGUUCCUCGCUGCUGGGAUCUUCCUGAUAGUGAUUUACUUCAACACCCAGGUGGUGGAUGGACAGAGGAAGAUUAUCAGUCUGCUGCAGGAGCAAAUAGAAAACGAGGGGGAGGAUAAGAAGUUCCUGAUCACUCGUCUCCAGGCCAUCCACCAGCAGAAACGACCCCUCUCCCCUCGCAGACUCACCAGUCAGGCCAGUCAGGAUUCCAACUGUUAGCAUUCCAACUACUGAAAGGGCAUAGUAAGUUCAUUCUCUCCCUUCUCAUUGGAGGGAAUAUCUCAGAAAAUGUCCUGAAUGGACCAACCUGGAUGUAGCUCUCCUCUCCUGCCUCUGGGAAGAGUUGUUAAGGGAUUCUUCAACUGGAAAACUAUUCUCAUAGGAAGCUGAGUUGAGACUAUAAAGGAAUUGACUUCUUUACAAUAACAAAUCCCACAGACGCCAAAACGUGAAUCUGAUAGGAUCCACACUCUUUCCCAGGAAGCUGGUCCUUAUAAGGAUUGGGAAUAGGAUUGGGAAUGGGACAAAGCAUGCUUUCCCUCUUCCAAUAACAGACUACACCUCAUAGGGAAAGACCACUUUAUAGGAUCUUACUAUGGCCAGGCCAUAGGCUACAAUUUACUGUAACUAGGCUACAUAGGAAAAGACCACUGUCUUUAUAGGAUCUUACUAUGGCCAGGCCAUAGGCUCCACCUUACUAUAACUAGGCUACAUAGGAAAAGACCACCAAGUUUUUAUGAACUUACUAUGGCCAGGCCAUAGGCUACAAUUUACUGUAACUAGGCUACAUAGGAAAAGACCACUGUCUUUAUAGGAUCUUACUAUGGCCAGGCCAUAGGCUCCACCUUACUGUUUAUUCUUCAUGUAAAUGAAAGGACAUGCCACUGUCACAAAACAAUGGUUUAUCGAAGCUCAAUACUUUCAGCCAAGGAUCUUUGUCCUUUUUUAAACUUGGAUUGGAAGCCCUGGUCAUGAGAGAGGAUGUAGGGGUGAAGAGGUGAGGAAACGAGACUGGGAUACGGUGUGCUUGUAGGGACACAGAACGGAAUGCGCUUUUUAGAAACAAUCUCUUUUUCCCUCACAACUCUGAAUAGGGAACAUAUGAAAUGCCAACAAGCUGCCAACGUUGCACAAAGGAUUAAACCAGUGGCAUUGUUAAGCAGGGUGAAUUCUGUCAAAUCUAGGAUUUGUAUUUUUUUUUAUUGUAAAUAGUUUUUAAUGUUUUUAUUACUUUAGAUGUUUUUAUUGUAUAAACAGGUAUUUUGUCAACAGUCCUUUCAUACCAACUGUGAACAAAUAGGUUAUUUCUUUCCGUUUCUGAUAUAAAAUUAUAUGUUUUUAUGUUAAUUGGUGGUCAACACACUGCUUCUGAAAU